CGGUUUAGGGUUGUUAAUAUUAACUACUAAUUAACGGUACGAAAUUACUGAUUAUCAAUUGGAUCUGUUAAAACUUUCAAUGCAAGUCACAAUCACAAUAAUUUCCUAUCCAAUCCUUCCUUGUUUAUCCGAUUCUAUCAGAAAUUAGGGUUUUUGAUUCGAUUCCCAUUUUCCCUUUCGAUUUCGGUAUGUUUCUGCGUUUUGAUGUUUGUAAUCUGAUUUUUCGCCGAAUAUGGUGACCCGAGAGAGCUGGUUUUCUGUUUGGAUCGAUCGACUUCUCUCUUGUUUAGGGAGCAUUAAACCUGCACCUGCCAUCUCUGGAAAUAAUCUGAACUCUAGGAUGCCAAGCAUGUCAGAAGAUUUUUGGAGUACAAGCACGUGUGAUCUGGAUGAGCUGCUUACGCUUCAAUCUCGACAGAAUUCAUUUAUCAGCACAACAAACCAUAACUCUAACCAUGGUGGUGUCAUUGACAAUUUAAGCAAUCAUUCUGACUUUGUAAAUCAUGGUUUUGUUCUUUGGACUCAGACCCGUCUUCGGUGGGUCGGAAAUUGUGUGCCUGCUAAACGAACUAAAAAAAAUCACAUUACAGGAUUAAGUUGGUAUAUGACUAAAGAACUAUUGUUGGAAACCAGAAAGCCUUACCAUCGACGCAUACCUUUAUCGGACAUGGUAGACUUUCUGGUAGAAGAAUGGGAAGAAGAAGGGCUAUAUUAUUAAGCCAGUCAAUUUAAAAAACAAUCACCUUGUGCAUACACUAUCCUUGUGACUUUUUUCUUUCGCGUUUUGGAGUUCAAUUCCGUGCCUACCACCUUAACUUGGGAUCAGUUCGAUACAAGUUUAACAUACAAAAUGACACCAUUGGUUUGCUAACCUUUUCGAUAUUGCUACAAUGGAGAUCUCUAAGGGGAGGGGCCAAUUGUGAAGUAACCCAAAAUCAAAGAUCUUCCAAUUGAUCGGCGGGCUAAAUGGUAAGCCCCCUCCGACCAAUAUACUUUAUACAUACAUAUCAAACUUUCUUCAUCAUUAGUUUAAUAUAUGAAGAAGCAUCAACUUUGCAGUGUGUUUGAUGCAAUGUUGUUGAUGACUGACUUGUUGUAAUUGUAAUUAAUCUCUCUAAAACAAACUCUUCUUUGUUUGGAAUUCCUGAUAAAAGUAUCGAGAUUGAUUUUGUGGUGA